UCCGAUCCAGACAUCAUUCAUUACAACAUGGCUUUCUUCAGCUCAAAAUCAUAUCUGCCACUUUCUUCUCCACUCAAAAUCUUCAUCUCUUUGCUCUUGCUUCAAUUAUUUAACAAUAGUGUUAACUCACAAUUCCCAACACCGCCGGACUAUGAAUCCGUUGACUUCGGCGUCUCCUCUUUCGACCCCAACGACCCAAACCUAGGCAUUUUUUCCGGUGCCUCAAUAUCCAAUGCCGGAAUUCUACACUUGACUGAAACUGAUUACCAAGGAAAAGCACUUCAAAACAGUGUCGGCCGGCUGGUGCAUGGAACACCGGUGCAUAUCUGGGAUAGAAAUACCGGAAAUCUCGCGGACUUCACUGCAGGGUUUGCUUUUGCAGUAAACCCUGGCGAUUCAGAAGUCCGCGGGGAUGGAUUCGCUUUCUUCCUUGGACCACUAAGACAGGAUAUACCCCAGAAUUCCACUGGAGGGUAUCUUGGUCUUUUCGACCCUAAAACAGCGUUAGACCCAAGCAAGAACCAAAUCUUAGCUAUUGAGUUCGAUACUUUCCCUAACGAAUGGGACCCUCCUGCAGCAACGAUAACUCAAGCCCCUCACGUUGGAAUCGACGUUGGAUCUGUUAAGUCGGUGGCGACGGCGAACUGGCCGGCUUAUUCCAUUCCGUCAUUUGCGGUUGGGUCAGCGAGCAUAAACUAUAACUCUGAAUCGAAAAGGUUGAGUGUGUUUGUGAGUUACCCUGGGAUAAGCAAUGCCACCGUCUCACUCUCCGCCAAUGUUGAUUUGAGGAGUGUUUUGCCGGAAUAUGUGAGGGUUGGUUUCUCUGCCGCCACCGGUGAUGUGGUUGAAACGCAUGACAUUUUUAGCUUCUAUCUCGAAAAUGCCCUAUAGAUUCAGUACCAGAAUUGGAGUGGUU